GAUCCUAAGCAGCGCACCCCGCAGUCCUCACCAACUUCCACAGCACUCAGCCUCUGCUCAGAUCCCCACCAUGUCGUGCCGCUCCUACAGGAUCAGCUCAGGAUGUGGUGUCGCCAGGACCUUCAGCUCCUGCUCCGCUGUGGCCCCCAAAACUGGCAGCCGCUGCUGCAUCACUGCCGCCCCCUACCGAGGGGUGUCCUGCUACAGGGGUAUUACGGGCUUCGGCAGCCGCAGCCUCUCUAACCUGGGCUCCUGUGGGCCCCGCUUGGCUGUGGGCAGCUUCCGCAUCGGCCCCUGCGGCCGCAGCUUCGGAUACCGCGCCGGUGGCGUGUGCGGGCCCAACCCGCCCUGCAUCACCUCCGUGUCCGUCAACGAGAGCCUGCUCGCGCCCCUCAACCUGGAGAUCGACCCCAAUGCGCAGUGCGUGAAGCAAGAGGAGAAGGAGCAGAUCAAGUGCCUCAACAACAGAUUUGCCGCCUUCAUUGACAAGGUGCGCUUCCUGGAGCAGCAGAACAAGCUGCUGGAGACCAAGUGGCAGUUCUACCAGAACCGCCAGUGCUGCGAGAGCAACCUGGAGCCGCUGUUCAAUGGCUACAUCGAGACGCUGAGGCGGGAGGCCGAGUGUGUGGAGGCCGACAGCGGGCGACUGGCCUCCGAGCUCAACCACGUGCAGGAGGUGCUGGAUGGCUUCAAGAAGAAGUAUGAAGAGGAGGUGGCUCUCAGAGCCACAGCAGAGAACGAGUUCGUGGUUCUAAAGAAGGAUGUAGACUGUGCCUACCUGCGGAAAUCAGACCUGGAGGCCAAUGCGGAGGCCCUGUUGGAGGAGAUUAAUUUCCUGAGGCGCCUCUAUGAUGAGGAGAUCCGCAUUCUCCACUCCCACAUCUCAGACACCUCAGUCAUCGUCAAGAUGGACAACAGCCGGGACCUGAACAUGGACUGCAUCGUGGCUGAGAUCAAGGCUCAGUACGAUGACAUUGCCAGCCGCAGCCGGGCUGAGGCUGAGUCCUGGUACCGCACUAAGUGCGAGGAGAUGAAGGCCACAGUGAUUCGGCAUGGGGAGACCCUGCGCCGCACCAAGGAGGAGAUCAAUGAGCUGAACCGCGUGAUCCAGAGGCUGACCGCUGAGAUUGAGAAUGCCAAGUGCCAGCGUGCCAAGCUGGAGGCUGCUGUGGCAGAGGCUGAGCAGCAGGGCGAGGCUGCCCUCAAUGACGCACGCUGCAAGCUGGCUGAGCUGGAGGCUGCCCUGCAGAAGGCCAAGCAGGACAUGGCCUGCCUGCUCAAGGAGUACCAGGAGGUGAUGAACUCCAAGCUGGGCCUGGACAUCGAGAUCGCCACCUACAGGCGCCUGCUGGAGGGCGAGGAGCACAGGCUGUGUGAAGGCGUGGGCUCUGUGAAUGUCUGCGUCAGCAGCUCCCGCGGUGGAGUCAGCUGUGGGGGCCUCACAUUUAGCGCCACCUCGGGGCGUCAGAUUGUCUCUGGCCCCGUGGCCACUGGAGGCAACAUCACGCUGAUGGCACCCGACUCUUGUGUCCCCUGUCAGCCCCGCAUCUCCAGCUUCAGCUGCGGGAGCAGCCGCUCGGUCCGCUUUGCAUAGAGGCCGGGCGCCUGCGUCUGCUUGAGCACAGAAUGGUGUGUGAAUGGAAAAUGUGUGCUUGCUUCCGGGAUUUUCCACAUGUUCCUACAGAGGGAAAGUCCCUUGGGCCGCUCUCCAUCACCUUAUUAUUUUAGGGAAUUGUUUCCUGGUUCUCCUCUCGGCUUCAGUUAGUCAUUCCCAGCCCAUCACUUAAUUCCAAUUUUAUCCCAAAAUACCCGUGACCAAUUUGAAUUAUUCACCAAGCUCUCUGGGACACUACCGGUCACCCAGGGAGGCUGGACAUCAUGAAAGCUUGGCCUUCCCUGAAACGUAAAUGAACCUAACCAUCUAGCCAGGUCCUGGACAACCUGAGUUUCAGAGAAAAGUGUCACAUGCCCAACCCCAACUCCCAGCAGCUCCCCUCUCCUGGCUGGUGAGGUCUCUGCAGGAAGAACUUGCCCAGUGGUCAUUUUUGUUGUUUCGCUUGUCUCUCUGACUGCAUUCUUCUGGGUUAACCUGUUGCAGCAAAACUCCU